UGGGUGAUCUGUUGACUAUGAGACAGUUCUUAAACAUCUGUUCUAAAGAGCUUUCAGUUUUUCUUGAGAGAGAAAUUCAAGAGAAAUUCCGUAAACAUGAGAUCUCUACUGAGAUUUCAGUGGAAGAAAAGAAAACUUCAGGAAAAGGCAGGUAAGUCUGAUUUUAAAUGCAAUUGGGCACUCACUAUAUAAAAUGCAGGCUUUAUAUGCUGCCUGUAAUAAACUCUUCAGAAUAAACUCUUCAUGGAUUUCUCCAUGUUAGCUUACUAUGUGAGGCUGCCUCAAUUUUCCUGUGAUUUACAGUCAAGCUAUAUAUUAGAUUAAAUAUAAAUAAAUCCAACUUAUGGUUCUGCAGUUUUUCAAAGAUAAAUAAAACCUAAUGUGACAGUCCUUCACUUCCAAUGCAGUGGUAUGUAGAAAUGCAAAGAACUUGCUUUUUCAGCCCAGUGUCUACCAUACUACUUAGUACUACAUAAGAGCUUUACAGCAGUUGCUGGCUGUUUUGCAAUGGUAUUAUGUGUGCUUUUUGCCUGUGCAUUGGCUCUUAAGUCUGUGAAUUGACUAACUAGUACUGACUUGUUUGUGUUGCAGAUGCUGGUGCCUAUGCUUAAUUUUCUUAAAUUCUGAUCUAGUGACUGACACUAAUGACAGGAAAUGAUUAAUGAAUGGGACCUUGCUGAGAAUGUGUCACAUUCUCAUGUUUGUGUGGGGCUGGUUACAUGUUGUGUUACUGGCUUUCGUACAUUCUCUGCCACUUUCUAAUUGUUGAAAUACUCUGAGUUUGUUUCUCGGUCUGCUCCCUCAGUUUAAGCUCCUGAAUAAAAAGCUCCAGAUCAAGCCAACUGUCAGCAGCUGUUAAUAAACUGAUCACUUCCAAUAAAAAAAAUUCCUUUACUACUUAUGUAUUAUUUUUAAGGCCCAUUAAGGCUCAUAAAAAAUCUUCCCUAUCAGUUGUACAGUUUUUCAAGAACCUUUGGUUGAAGAAUCAGGAUUGUGCUACAUGGAAAUGAGAAUGAAGGGGGGACUUGUGGAGGCUGCUCACGCAGUGAGAAGUUAAACAUGGUGAUGAAUCAAUAUUCUCUGAGGCAUCCUAAUGCAGACCAAAUUGUAGUGUCACCACUCAGGCCUCUCUGAAACUUCUGUGAAUAGCUACAGUCAAUGAGAAGUUUGGCUUUGCUUCAAGCUUGUAAGGUUUUCUGUGGCGACGACGGGACGUUUUUCCCAUGUUCCAUGAGGUGCUGCGGGGCACGAUUCCACCCAGAGUCCUUCCUGUUCUGGCAGCUGUGCUUUUCCAAAGGAAGGAGAGGAAAGAGAUUGGGUUUUACCACAGGCGGUGGGAGAAGCACCCUUACUACAACCUAACGGUAAAAGUUCUCCGAGCCAGAAACAUCAAGGGUACAGAUCUGUUGUCUAAGGCAGACUGCUAUGUGGAACUAAAGCUACCCACUGCAUCUCCUACAGUCUUCCGAACUCAGGUUGUUGACAACUCUGAUAACCCAGAAUGGAAUGAAACUUUCCAGUAUCGAAUCCAUACUGCUGUCAAGAACAUUCUGGAAUUGACGCUUUAUGAUAAGGAUGUCCUCGUCAGCGAUGAGCUUACAUCUAUUGUCUUUGAUGUAGCGGGCAUGAAGUUGGGUCAGCCCCUGCUGCGCACUUUCAAGUUGAACCCUGAGGCUAAUGAAGAGCUGGAUGUAGAGUUUUACUUGGAGAAAUGCUCAGAUGCCCCUACAAAGGUACUGACCAAUGGGGUCCUUGUGGUUCAUCCGUGCUUGUCUCUGCAAGGCACUGUCAACAAAGACAAAGAACAGCAAGGGAGCUGUGAGGUCAAGGUGUCUGUUCCAGGGGCAUAUCAGAAGCAGCUGCAUAUUCCGUUGGGACCAGACAGCAAGGAUUAUGGAACCUCAUUUGUCUUUCAUGUGGAUAAAGAAAUUUGGCCAGAACUGCAAGUGGAGCUGGAGCAAACCAUAUCUGUCCUACAGGAUGGUAUGAACGAUAUUGAAAAGCAUACUACAGUUCUGGGAUUGGGAACUGUACCAGUUAAUUCCCUUCCUAUUGGACAAAAAGUUGAUAGAAUCGUUUCUCUGGGAGAGGGACAAAGUUUGGAUAUGAGUUUUAAAGCUGAAGAGAGCACUUGGGAUCUUGAUAUACGGCUGGGUUUUGAUCUCUGUAAAGAGGAGAGAGAAUUUUUGGGCAAAAGGAAGAAAAUAGUUUCUGAAGCACUGAGGAAGGCUCUUCACUUAAAAGAAUUCCCUUCAAAAGAUGAGGUCCCAGUCGUAGCAGUGGUGGGGUCUGGAGGUGGCAUGAGAGCACUGACAUCAUUCUAUGGCAGUCUUGCUGGGCUUCAGCAGCUGGGCCUUUUGGAUGCUACAAUAUAUCUGUGUGGGAUUUCUGGCUCUACUUGGUGUUUAUCGACAUUGUAUCAAGACCCUGACUGGUCACAGAAAGACCUUCAAGAUGCAAUCAAGAGAGCCCAGUCUACUGUGUCCAGCAGCAAAGCAGGAGCAUUUUCCCCAGAACGACUGAAAUACUAUUUCCAGGAGCUGAAUGCAAUGGAGAUUAGUGGACGGAAAGUUUCCUUUACAGAUUUGUGGGGCCUUAUUGUGGAAUAUUUCCUACAACAGAAGGAAGAUCCAUCAAAGCUUUCUGAUCAGCAAGAAGCAGUGAAAUGGGCCCAGAACCCCUAUCCUAUCUAUGCAGCUGUCAAUGUGAGGCCCAAUAUUAGCAGUGGUGACUUUGCAGAAUGGUGUGAGUUCACUCCCUAUGAAGUUGGGUUUCGCAAAUACGGAGCUUUUGUCCGAACAGAAGACUUUGACAGUGAGUUCUUCAUGGGACGGCUCAUCCAGAAACAUCCAGAACCUAGGAUUUGUUUUCUACAAGGAAUGUGGGGCAGUGCCUUUGCUGCAAGCUUGGAUGACAUCUGCCUGAAGGUGGUUGGUAUAGGACUGGGCUUCCUAGAUUCUUUCAAAGAUGUUAUCAAAGUUGUAGAUGACUGCCGAAGAUUCCAUUUCCGCGAUCCAACACGACUGAAGACUCGCUUAGUUAUACCUGGGGGCCCCUUGUUACAAAUCUUAGAGGAUUUCUUCAAGUCCCGGGUCACAUGUGGAGAAACCUUCAACUUCAUGCAGGGAUUGUAUCUUCAUAGGGAUUACGUUAACGUCAAGAAAUUUGUGGCUUGGAGAGGCACUCAUCUGGAUGCAUUUCCCAACCAGCUGACUCCCAUGGAAGAGAACUUGUAUUUAGUGGAUGGUGGCUUUUCUAUCAACUCUCCCUUUCCUUUGGUACUUCAGCCAGAGAGGGAUGUGGAUGUUAUCUUGUCAUUCAAUUAUUCCUGGGAAGCUCCGUUUGAGGUUUUAGAAUUGACUCAGAAAUACUGUGAGGAGCGGGAAAUUCCUUUUCCAAAAAUCGAAUGGAGUGAGGAAGAUGAAAAGAAGCCAAAAGAGUGUUACAUGUUUGUGGAUGAUGAUAAUCCAAAGGCUCCAGUUGUGCUCCAUUUCCCACUGGUGAAUGACACCUUCCAGGAAUACAAAGCUCCAGGAGUUAAACGUGAGUCAGAAGAAGAGAAAUCCUUUGGUGACUUCGUUAUUGAGUCGAAAGAUUCUCCUUACCGUACACUAAACUUCACCUUUGAGCCAUAUGAUUUCAACAGGUUGGUGGAAGUGAAUCGCUACAAUGUUCUGAACAGCAAGGACACUCUCUUCAAAGCCCUAAACUUGGCUCUGCAAAGGAGAAAGUUGAAGAAAGUCAUCAAUACAUCAAAUACAUGAGCAACUUCCAUAGUUGAGGAUACAGACGGGCUGCAGUGUACGAAAGCUGUGUGGUUCAAGACAGAAUACUGAAAACUAAUAGCUGGAAACUGUGUUCUUGUGAAGGGAGUAGCACACGCGACACUGAAAAUUCAUUCCAGAUAGCAGAUGCUCUUAUGAAAAGCUAAAGAGAUGCACCAUACAAUGUGGGUGUUGCUUUGCUGUGUGGAGAAGAGCAAGGAAUUACCUUGCCCAGUACCUCGUCUUACAGCGCUUGAUGCCAGAUGACUGGGGAGGUCUAUUCAGAUAGUUCAAUCAUCCGGAAAGUGAUCUUCCAAACUCCACUGAGUGGAGCACCUCUUUUUGUCAAAGCUGUGGUGGUGGUGGUUGAGGAAACACUGAUUUCUUCUAUAUCUUUAUCUCACUUGCUCUUUCAAUCUCAUUCCAUGAAUGUUUACAAUUUACAUCAUCUGGCAAGGAACUCCACAGAUUGUAACUAUGCCCUGAGAGAUGAAAUGUGUCCUUUUGCUUUCAGCUUGCUACUGGCUGAUGCCCAUGUACUUUCAAGACUGCACAAUCAUUAACUGCUUUCCAUUUUUGCCAUUCAUGCUUUCAAAGAGCUCUGUGGUAUUUCCUUUAUACCUUUCUCAAGCAUUACAAUGGUUUUUAGACUCCCAGAAGUUUAGUAUAGAGUACGUUAAUUCAAUAAUGAUUUGUUCUGGGGGAAUAAGAGUUCCCCUUUAUAUAUUUAACAAUUAAAGACACAUCAUGGAUUGUGUUGCUUCUUCCUACAGUUUGAUCAUCACGUUUGAUGAAACUUGCUGUCCCAUCUUUCUCUUUCUGAGAAGAACAAAGGCUCUUUUGAAGAGUCUGAAUUAGAUAUUUUUUCCUUAUACUGGGCAUACAAUUCAGCCAGACCUUGUGUGUCUAUAUAUUUUAGAAACAUGAAUAUUCAAGGUAAGCACACCUUAUGAAUGUGAAUGAUUAAAAUAAUGUCAGAUGCUGCUACGCUGUGGAAUGGAAUUCACCUCCCUUGGCAGAAAGUUCAGAGAAAAAUACUGAAUUAUGCAGUUGAAAAAUAUCCAAUAUAUACAAGGGAAGCAGACAAGCACUGUUUACUUUUGUGACUUCUGCACUGAACUGAAUGUAUUGAUUCUGGAUUUGAAAACUGGAGACAGGAAAUUUGUCUUUUCUGAAAUGAUGUAAAGGCUUACAAAUGGGUAUGA